AUAGAAAAGGGAGAGAGGGUAUAGAAAAGGCAAAGUACCAUAUCCAAAAUGUUUUUCAAAGGAUCAAGAUCUCACCUAAAAAAGUAUAAGAGGAACAGGAAGAAGAAAAAACAGUGCUAGAAGAGGAUCAAGGAAACAAAGAAGGAAGAAUUUAAGCUCAGGAUUUUCUAUCAUAUGCAGCAAACUCAAACUUCCAUUGAGUUAUAUAUGCUUGGAUAAAGAUGAAUAAGCAAAAUUCUCUACAAAUAACGACUGCUUCUGUUGCUUAUGAUGAUGAUGGACAUGCCAAAAGGACUGGAAAUUUAAAGAGUGCCUUGGCUCAUAUCAUCACUGGUGUUAUCGGGUCUGGUGUUUUGUCAUUGGCAUGGAGUACUGCUCAACUAGGAUGGAUUGGAGGGCCACUUGCAUUACUUUCUUGUGCAAUAGCUACCUAUGUUUCUUCAUUCCUUUUGGCUGAUUGUUACAGACAUCCUGACUCUGUAAAUGGGAAAAGAAACUACUCUUUUAUGGAUGCUGUUAGAGUCAAUCUUGGUACAAAAAGGGCAUAUGUGGCUGGUUUCCUUCAAUUUUUGAGCUUGUAUGUCACUAGUAUUGCCUAUGUACUUACCACAGCAACCAGUGUGAGGGCUAUUAUGAGUUCAAAUUGUUAUCACAAGGAAGGGCAUGGUGCUCCUUGUAGGUAUGGGGGUAAUUUGUAUAUGAUACUGUUUGGAGUUGUUCAGAUUGUAAUGUCAUUCAUACCGGAUCUUCAUAGCAUGACAUGGGUUUCAGUUGUUGCUGCAAUAAUGUCCUUUACUUAUUCAUUCAUUGGACUUGGACUUGGCAUAGCAACAGUCAUAAAAAAUGGAAGAAUUAUGGGAAGUUUGACAGGAGUACAGACUGCUAAUGUUGCUGACAAAAUCUGGUUAAUCUUCCAGGCAAUUGGUGACAUUAGUUUUUCCUAUCCGUACUCAAUGAUCUUUCUUGAGAUACAGGACACUCUAGAGUCUCCUCCACCAGAGAAUCAAACCAUGAAAAAGGCCUCCAUGAUGGCAAUCUCCAUUACAACAUUCUUCUACAUAUGUUGUGGAGGCUUUGGAUAUGCAGCUUUUGGAAAUGCUACACCAGGAAAUCUCUUGACAGGGUUUGGGUUUUAUGAGCCUUACUGGCUUAUUGACCUUGCCAAUGUUUGCAUUAUCAUUCAUUUGGUUGGAGGAUAUCAGGUAUACAGUCAACCAAUAUUUAAUACUGCUGAUAGAUGGUGUUCAAGAAAAUUCCCAGAGAGUGGCUUUGUGAAUGAUUUCCACAAAGUGAAACUUCCUCUAUUACCUUCUUUUAAGAUAAAUCUUUUCAGGUUCUGUUUCAGAACAAGCUAUGUGAUUUCAACCACUGGACUUGCAAUUUUCUUUCCUUACUUCAAUCAAAUUCUAGGAGUACUAGGAGGCAUAAAUUUCUGGCCACUGGCUAUAUAUUUCCCAGUUGAAAUGUACUUUGUACAGAAGAAAAUUGGAGCUUGGACUAAAAAAUGGAUUGUUCUCAGGAUAUUUAGCUUUGCUUGCUUUCUUGUUACAAUGAUGGGAUUAAUUGGAUCAUUUGAAGGAAUCAUACAUGAGAAACUUAGUUGAAAAGGUUAAUGACAUUAUUACCACUUAAUAAUGGGUACUUUAUAUGGGUUGUAGAUUGGUUCAUGUAGUUUAGUUUAAUGUGAUACAAUGGUAGUAGUGUUUUUCAGAGUUGGAUAGGGAUUAAGCUAUAUCUGACUAGCCAUGAGUUCCAACAAAUUUUUAGUUUGGUAUAAUGGUAUCCAUGGAGUUGUAUUUUUUUUUUUAAACUCAUGGAGUUGUAUUUUUUUUUUUUUAAACUCAUGGAGUUGUAUUUUAUCAAAGUCUAAAUUUGUUGGUUUUUUCUAUUUCUAUUA